AUGGAAUAUGAAGUCAAGAAAGGCAAGAAGGGCUUUGUGGCCCCAAUCCGCAGGCUGGUGUUCCCCAAAGCCGCACGCCGGGCAGCCUGCCGAAGCAGUGUGAGCCGCCGGCCACUGCACUCGAUGCCCCUGUAUCCCCCAGACUAUCUCAUUGACCCCCAGAUUCUGCUGUGUGACUACCUGGAGAAAGAGGUCAAGUUCCUGGGCCACCUCACCUGGGUGACCUCCUCACUGAACCCUUCCAGUCGGGACGAGCUCCUGCAGCUGCUGGACACCGCCAGGCAACUGAAGGAGCUGCCGCUGAAGACCACGGCGGAACAGGACAGCAUCCUGAGCCUAUCGGCUCGCUGCCUGCUGCUCACCUGGCGCGACAACGAGGAGCUCAUCCUGCGUAUCCCCACGCACGAGAUCGCUGCCGCCUCCUACCUACAGGACGACGCGCUGCACCUGCUUGUGCUUAAGACCGGUCUAGGCGUGGACCCGGUGCCAGCCGGCGUGGACGCCAGCCCCGGCGGCGCGGGGCGGGACCCAGGCUGGGAGCGGAGGCAGGCGGGUGGCGGCGGCAGCGGCAGCUGGGAGCGGCGCCACCCAGGUCCCAACCCACUCGACCCGCAAGACCCCAGCCCAGACGCUUACUGCAAUCUUGUCAUCCUGGCUGUGGCCAACAGGGAUGCUGCGGAGGAGUCCUGUGCUCUCAUCUGUCAGGUGUUCCAGAUCAUCUAUGGAGACCAGAGCAUUGAAUGCGUGGACCGGGCCGGCUACCACUACAUGUCUACACCCGAACGGCCAUGGCUCUGCAGCCGCAGUGAGAGCUGCCGCACGGACGGGACUUACGCCUAUGAUGCCGACUUCAGCAGCUGCAGCUCCUGCAAUGGCUCCCAGGACACCUUUGAAGCGUGUUACAGUGGCACGUCCACACCCUCUUUCCAUGGCUCCCACUGCAGCAGCAGCGACCACAGUGGCCUUGGCCUCGAGCAGUUGCAGGAUUACAUGGUCACGUUGAGGAGUAAGCUGGGGCCCCCCGAGAUCCAGCAGUUUGCCCUGCUGCUGCGGGAGUACCGGCUGGGGCUGCCCAUCCAGGACUACUGUGCUGGCCUGCUGAAGCUCUACGGAGACCGGCGCAAGUUCCUUCUCCUGGGGAUGCGGCCCUUCAUCCCGGACCAGGACAUCGGCUACUUUGAGGGCUUCCUGGAAGGUGUGGGCAUCCGCGAGGGAGGCAUCCUCACCGACAGUUUCGGCCGUAUCAAGCGCAGCAUGAGCUCCACGUCCGCGUCAGCUGUGCGCAGCUACGACAGCGCGGCCCAGCGGCCUAAGGCGCAGGCUUUCCACCGGCUGCUGACUGACAUCACGCACGACAUCGAGGCGCUGGCCCCCGACGACGACGACGACGACGAGGGCGAAGACGAGGAGCCCCAGGGCGGGGGAGAUGCGGCUGAAGACAACUACCUGUAG